AAGGAACAGCAAAUUCAUUUAAACUAGUCAAGAGAAGUUUAGAAUGAAGUUCCUUCUACUGAUGCUGGUCUUGACGGCCACUUCUUCCAAAGCUGAUGAUGCCUCCUCUGACUACAUAAGCUUGAAAGAAGACGACAUAGAAUUCGCAAAUGAGUACCUCGCAAAUUUCUAUGGCCUCAAGACUGAAAGACAGCCAGAGAGCAUAUCAAAAGUCGCUGAGAACAUGAUGGAGAAUAAAAUCCAGGAAAUGCAGAGGUUCUUCAGGUUAAAUGUGACAGGGCAGUUGGAUGCACCUACUCUCAACAUGAUGUACAGCCCUCGCUGUGGAGUGCCCGACGUUCAACAUUUCAGCGUAGCUCCUAGGAGGUGGAAGAAACGUCUUAUCACCUACAGAAUCAAUAAUUACACUCCCGACAUGAGGCCUGAGGAUGUUGACUAUGCCAUUUGGAGAGCAUUUAAUGUAUGGGCUCUGGUGACUCCUCUGAAUUUCAGAAGAAUUCAUGUGGGCAAGGCGGACAUUAUGAUACUAUUUGUAGUUGGAGAUCAUGGAGACGGUCAUCCUUUUCAUAGCACAGGUAACAUCUUAGCCCAUGCUUUUUCACCUGGACCUGGUUUUGGAGGACAUACACAUUUUAAUGAUGCUUACUACUGGACAAAACACAAGCAAGGCACAAAUUUGUUCCUAGUUGCUGUUCAUGAACUCGGCCAUGCCUUGGGUCUUGCUCAUUCCAAAGACCCAAAGGCUAUAAUGUUUCCCACCUACAAUUACGUUGACGUCAACACAUUUCGCCUUUCUGAGGAUGACAUACGUGGCAUUCAGUUUAUUUAUGGGCGACCGGGAAGUAUAGAAUCCCCAACAAACUCACCUGCUUGUGGCCCCAAUUUGCGCUUUGAUGCUGUCAGUACAGUGGGAGAUGAAAUCUUUUACUUUAAAGACAGGCUCAUAUGGCAGAGGCUUCCUGGAAGUCCAAAGAGCAAUACUAGUUUAAUUUCUUCUUUGUGGCCAAGCUUACCAUCUGACAUUCAAGCCGCUUAUGAAAUUGAAGACAGGAAACAGCUUUUUCUCUUUAAAGAUGAUAGAUACUGGAUACUCAGCAAUCUAAGACCGCAACCAAACUAUCCCAAGAGCAUCUAUUCUUUGGGCUUUCCAGACUCUGUAAAAAAAAUUGAUGCAGCAGUUUUCAAUCCACUGUACUCUAAGACCUACUUCUUUGUAGACAAUCAGUAUUGGAGGUACUCUGAGAGAAGACAACGUAUGGACCCUGGUUAUCCCAAACUGAUUACCACAUAUUUCCCAGGAAUUGGUCCUAAAAUUGAUUCAGUCUACUACUACAACAAGCACUACUAUUUCUUCCAAGGAUCUACCAUGCUUGAAUAUGAUGUCCUAUCCAAUCAAGUCACCAAAAAGUUGAAAACCAGUAGUGAUUUUGGGUGCUAGGAAUGAUAUAGUUGAUGGUGUCUGUCAAAUUCACUUCAGCUUAAUAAGUAUUUAUUGCACAUUUUCUAUGUAUAAAGUGUGAUAAUGCAUGGUAAUAUGUAUCAUGAAACAGUAAGUCUGUAGGUCACAGAUGAAUGGUCAUAGCAUUAAGUGGUUAUACAAAGUUUACAAAAACUGAUGUUCUGAAUACUCUCAUAGUUGAUUUUUACUUGACUCUUACUAUCAUCAUGUUUGAAGGAAGACAGCUUAAAAGGUCUAGAGAAUAUUUUAGUUAUUAAUAUCCUUGAAUUGAGAAAUCAUAAUUAGUUUUGUGACUUAAAAUAUUUUUACCAUUAACUAUGUUAUCAAGAUUAUUAUUUUAAUUCUUUUAGCAUGAUGGCAGAAACAUUAAAUAAGAAGAAAGAAUCAUAUAAGUGAAAUUAUAUGACUGUGUAGUAGUGUAACUAUACUCUGUUGUUGGUUCUGGCUUCUCUAACAUGUUUAUUAAGUAUAUGUGCAUCAUAUUCAAAUAAAAUCUCUGA